ACCCCGCAGCUGAGACAAAAAAAAAGAAGCGAUUUCAAGGUGAAGUAAUUGGCUUUAAAAUAACAGCUACUCAACUUCUGGCCAGCAGAGGCGGGGGCAGCAGCAGCAGCAGGGAGUGGAGAGGCAGCGAAGAGCGGCCUUAGUCACAAGUGCACAAAGAAAAAGCUACGGUAAGGCAAGGAUCUGCGGAAAUGAGUGCGAAAAGGAGACCCGGAACUGCCGGCAGCCAGACGCCGAAUGAAUGCGUCCAGGUGGUGGUCCGGUGUCGACCCAUGAGCAAUCGGGAGCGUUCCGAGGGCUCGCCAGAGGUGGUCAACGUCUAUCCAAACCGGGGCGUGGUGGAGCUACAGAAUGUGGUGGAUGCCAACAAGGAGCAGCGCAAGGUCUUUACCUACGAUGCGGCAUACGAUGCAAGCGCCAAUCAAACGACGUUGUAUCACGAAGUAGUCUUUCCCCUGGUCACCUCUGUGCUGGAGGGAUUCAACGGCUGCAUCUUUGCCUAUGGACAAACAGGCACCGGCAAGACCUUUACCAUGGAGGGCGUGCGAGGCAACGACGACCUCAUGGGCAUCAUACCGCGCACCUUCGAGCAGAUCUGGCUGCACAUCAAUCGAACCGAGAACUUUCAGUUCCUAGUGGAUGUGUCCUACCUGGAGAUCUACAUGGAGGAGCUGCGGGAUCUGCUGAAGCCCAACUCCAAGAAUCUGGAGGUUCGGGAACGGGGAUCGGGCGUGUAUGUGCCCAACCUGCAUGCCAUUAACUGCAAAAGCGUCGACGACAUGAUCCGGGUGAUGCAGGUGGGUAAUAAGAAUCGCACCGUGGGAUUCACCAACAUGAAUGAGCACAGUUCGAGAUCCCACGCUAUUUUCAUGAUCAAAAUAGAGAUGUGUGACACGGAAACCAACACCAUCAAGGUGGGCAAACUGAACCUCAUCGAUCUGGCUGGCAGUGAGCGGCAGUCGAAGACGGGAGCCUCAGCGGAACGUUUGAAGGAAGCCAGCAAGAUCAAUCUAGCCCUGUCCUCGCUGGGUAACGUUAUCUCUGCCCUGGCCGAGAGUUCGCCUCAUGUUCCAUACCGUGACUCAAAGCUGACACGCUUGCUGCAGGACUCGCUCGGCGGCAACUCCAAGACCAUUAUGAUAGCCAACAUUGGGCCCUCGAACUACAACUAUAAUGAGACGCUGACCACGCUGCGCUAUGCCUCGCGCGCCAAGUCCAUCCAGAAUCAGCCGAUCAAGAACGAGGAUCCGCAGGAUGCCAAGCUGAAGGAGUACCAGGCGGAGAUCGAACGUCUCAAGCGCCUGAUUGCUCCGCAGCAACAGCAGCAGACCAGGAGAAGCGAACCCAAGAAACGCACCAAAAAGCCGAAGAAGGAGAUCGUGGCCAAGGAAAUGACUGGCUCCCUGAAGGCAUCUACCGUAGAGCAGCCGGUGGAAGAGGAAAGCGAUCUCGAUGGAGCCGAGUCCGAGUCCGACAAGGAGAACGAGGCCGAAGUGGCCAAGUCCAACGAGGAACUAGAACGAGAGCGGGUGGAGAACAGCAAGCUGGCUGCCAAGUUGGCCGAACUAGAGGGCCAGCUGGUGCGUGGAGGUAAGAAUCUGCUGGACACGUACAGUGAGCGACAGAUCGAGCUGGAAAAGAAGCUGGUGGAGAUAGCGGAGCGAAAGAAGCGUGAAAUUGAGAUUCAACAGCAGCUGGAGCUGCAAGAGGAAACCACCCUCGAAAUACGUGAGCGCAACGUCUCCCUCGAACAAGAGGUGGAGUUAAAGAAGCGAAAGCUCUCCAAGUGCUACGCCAAGUAUCUGGCCCUACAGCAGGAGCUAAACGACUGCAAAUCCGACCACAACCAGGACCUCAGGGAACUGGAGAUGGCCCAGAAUGAACUGGUCAAAGAGCUGAAACGUCAACUACUGAUCAUUGACAACUUUGUGCCCAUCGAAGUGAAGCAGCGCCUGUACACGCAGGCCAAGUAUGACGAGGAGCAGGAGGAGUGGAAGUUCUCCUCGAUGACUCUGCCCAUGCCCCCUGGGGGCGAUGGUAAGUUCAGCAGCAAGCGUCCGGUAUCACAUCCACAGCGCCGAAGACCCAUCUCCGAGCAUGCCCUGCAAGAGGCCAAGUCGAAUGCACCCAGCUCCCUUCGCUUCAAGAGUGAGAAUAUCGUCAACUACGAGCUGGAGAUGCCCUGCCGCACCACCCAGGAGUAUCGUACGCCCAAGGUGUCUGCCUCCUUGCAGGCGGUGCUCGCUCAGGCAAUGCAAACGGGCGGCGAUGACAUCGACAUUGUGGAUUCGCACACAAACUCGCUGCGCAGCCGUUUGGAGAACAUAAUCAAUGCGAAUGCCAAGGGAACAGCGGCCGCAGGGGCAGGAUCUGGAGUUGGCCCAACAGCUAUUGGCAGCUCCAUGCCCAAUGUGCGGAACAUAAAGUCCAGCCGUGGACUACCGAGUGCCGGUUCCAAUCUCGACUCAAACCGACGUCCGCCCACGGGUCGUGUGCCGGCGGCGGCGGCGGCCAAGAAGCCAGCCUCAGCGUACCCAAAGGCCCGCGGCCUGGUCAACAAAUAAUAGUCGCAAACGACUCGAAUCGAAUUAUAAACUAAAGCUAACCAAUCUCAUGCGAACACACAGCACUAACCAAAGUAUUCAUAGUCAUCGCAAUGCGUACACCUCGACAGUACUCACCUAGCCCAAUCUUCACUCCACACUUCAAGCUUUGUAAGUUUCCUUUUAUGUUUAUAUUUUGCCAACCCAAGACACUGGCAUUUCCACAACUCAACCAUUAAUUCCAUUUUAGUUAAUGACCUUCCUUAAUUCUUUAUAUGUUUAUUUUUAUUUGUUACUCGACUUUAAUUAUUUGUUAUUGAUUUUAGAAGUGCCACAGAAAUCGCUCUGGUUUCGAAAUCAUUUGAAAAUGUAUCUUAUAGUAUGCAACGGAGUUUUUAGGUCCCAAUUCCAUUGUAAAGUUGUCAUAUUUCUAUUGUAAGAUAUUACAUUUCGUGGCUUAAUUCUGACGACACAAUUUUAAAUGAUUUCAAAACCAUUGAUAUAUUUCCAUGACAUGUUUCGUGCUCGGUUUAGUUCGUCACGCGUGCAUUUACCGGCCCGGGCCAGUCCUUCUUCUAUUGUGCAAUCUAAGCUUAAGUUAAACGCAACUGCAACAGUCUCUAUAUAUUUACAUAGUAAAUGAUCCUUAGUUAAACUUAUAAACCAAAUAAAGCAACUCCAUAAACACGAA